UGUCACGCCCAUUUUGAUCACAUGUCAGUUUUUAAUUUACAUCCACAAUAUGGAGAUACACUGGAGAGCUCCUCUUCAACCGAAAGGUUUCUUGAAGAUCGUUGAAAUGAUAAUAGCUUUAUUGGCUUUAUCAUUGGUGGCUGGUUUUACUGCAACUAAUAGGGCUGAGUGCAAUCGGUGGAAUGGAACCAAAGUUUGCCAGAUAACUGCCAAGGCCAGUUAUCCCUAUACAAUAGUCGAUGUUACUUACCAACCAUCCUGUGAAGCUAAUGCAACAUCUGAAGCUCUUAGUGGCGACUAUAAGCAAGCAGCUGAGUUCUUUGUGGCCUGGGGCUCCCUGACUCUAUUCUAUGGGAUCAUUGCUAUACUAGUAUACAUGUUUGCUACUGCUAACAGCAAGUGGGAGUGGGUUAUCAACUACCUCAUUUUGGUGGAUCUGGUAUUUCAUGUUGUUUGGGUUCUCUGUUGGUUUAUAGCAUCAGUCGAAUGGGCUGUUGUUCAAAACGAAAUGAAAAGCUACAUCAAGACUAAAGUCAUCCAUGAUAAAUAUCUGGCAAAUAGUUGUAACGAUACAACAUACAAUGAACCAGGAUCUUAUGCCCAGGCUGCCAUUGCUGAUGUAUUUGGUUUUACAAGUAUUGUUCUGUGGGGUGUUAACAUAUUCUGGGUGGUCAUUGACACCAGUUUCUAUUUGCAAUGGAAGGCAAAGCGAAGCAGCUCUGGAGAAUACAAUCAAAUAUGAAGGAACUUACUUUUUUGAUAUUAUUGUGUUUGAUAGAAAAGAAAAGACUGUCUGUUGUGUUUUGCUAAUUUUGAGUGACUUUAUUGAUUGAUCUUUUCAAAAAAAUUUGAAAA